GGAAUUCGGAUAAUAAAAAUGGCGACCACCGCAGCACUAACCCAAUUCCUCCUCCACCGCCACAUCCUCCGCCCACUCUGCCUUUCAACCACCGUCUCAUUCUCUCUGUUCCACAACCCAAAACUAUCUAUCUCUCUCUUAAAAACUCAAACACACCCACUUUCUUCAUUUCCACCCCUCUUUUGCUCCCUUGAAGAAAACAAAAACCUUGUAGAUGUCGAGAAUUUGAAGGAAGAUGAAGCAACCUCAGAACCUAAAAUCCUUAAAAUUAAGGAAGGAGAAGUGCCCAAUUUAACAGUUAAGGAAAAGAAGGAUCUUUGUUCUUAUGCAAAUAGUCUUGGUGAUAAGCUCAAGUCUCAGCAAGUGGGCAAAUCUGGUGUUACGGAUAAUGUUGUUUUUGCAUUGUCUGAAACUCUCGAGGCUAAUGAACUUCUCAAGCUUAAGAUACAUAGAACCUGCCCAGGGGAGAUGGAUGAUAUUGUUAAGCAACUAGAGAUUGCUACUGCAUCUGUUGUUGUAGGGCAGAUUGGCCGAACAGUCAUAUUUUAUCGACCAAGCCUUACAAAGUUAGAGGCCGAGAAGAAGAAAGAGCGUGCUCGUAAGCUUUUUGCUCAGAAGAGGGAGAGGUCCCAUGCCGCUUUCAUGAAAAGAGAACAAGAGCCAAGACAGCCAGGAGGCACUGGACGAGGUCAGUUCGGAAAUCGACGAUCUGAGAAGGUUGCCUCGUAGGUUAACUGUUUGCUAUUGUAGCUCAAAUUAGUAGCACCCCCUUUGUUAUUAGUGUAGAAUGUAGAUUCAUGUUUAUGCUACUUUUUUGUAAAAUUUUGAGUGUCUAGAAUCCUGAGAAAUGCUUAUGUGCUUCUUUAAACUGAAUCCUUUUUUGUUUAUAAGAAAUGAAAUUAUUUUGAGCCGAA